AUGGACGACAUCAGAGCUGCUGUCACCAGAAUAAAGAACAGUGGAGUUGAAUGGAAAUCUCCAAAUGACGUAGUUCAAAAUCACGCCAGAAAAUUAGGCUACAAAUUCCUAAUGCCCAUUUCAGUUUCUGAAGAGUGGAGAAAGAACGGUGUAUUUAAUUAUGUCACUAAGGACCAGAAUGGAGAUCUUAACCUUUGGGUUUCUACAACAGAUAUGGGGGUGAAAAUCUGGGAAAGCCGGAUUUUUGGACAUAAUAGCUCAAAAUGUGCUUAA